ACCAGAAGCACUGAAAAAAUGGAGGGAGUGCAGCUAUGAAAAGAGCUGUAACAUGAUGAAUCUUUCUCAUGAUUAGAAAAAACAUUGAGAAAUGACCAAGAAUGAGAGAUCUAAUCCAUCCAAAACGACAUAAAACGACACACGUGACGGUGACUUAGUUGUUAGCAGCCACCCUCUUAAACAUCGCCAUCCACCCUCUCUCGCACGUGCCAUCUUCGCCGGAAACCCCUCUCUCUCUCUCAAUCAAUCAACAACCAAAAUCCAAAUCCAAAUCAAAAUUCAAAACCCUAACCCUAACUUUCCCUUCUCCAUCCAUUUCCCCCAAUUUCGCGAUUUGAGGAAUGGGAGCGGUCACGUCGUCGAUGGCGGCGAAGUUCGCGUUCUUCCCGCCGGAUCCACCGUCGUACACGCUAGCAGAAGGGGAGGCGGGGUUGAAGAUGGUGAUGACAGACGUGGUGACGAGGGAAAACGUUGAUGUAUUGAAGGUGGUGACGGCGAGAGGGAACAGCGUUGUGGCGAUGUAUGUUAAGAAUCCAGCGGCGUCGCUCACCUUGCUUUACUCCCACGGGAACGCAGCUGAUCUGGGUCAGAUGUAUGAGCUGUUUUGUGAACUCAGUCUUCACCUUCGAGUUAAUCUCAUUGGUUAUGACUAUUCUGGAUAUGGGAGGUCUUCUGGAAAGCCUAGUGAGCAGAACACAUAUGCAGAUAUAGAAGCUGUUUAUAAAUGCCUGCAGCAGAAGUAUGGGGCAAAAGAGGAAGAUAUUGUUCUCUAUGGGCAAUCUGUUGGCAGUGGACCCACUACUGAUUUGGCUACUCGUUUACCAAACCUUAGGGCUGCGAUUCUCCAUAGUCCGAUCUUAUCUGGCCUUCGAGUCAUGUAUCCAGUGAAGCGAACAUACUGGUUUGACAUUUAUAAGAAUAUUGAUAAAAUUCCAUUUGUGAAUUGUCCUGUUCUUGUAAUUCAUGGAACUGCUGAUGAUGUAGUGGAUUGCUCCCAUGGGAAGCAACUUUGGGAACAUUGUAAACAAAAGUAUGAGCCCUUAUGGAUUAAAGGAGGAAAUCAUUGUGACCUUGAACUUUUUCCUCAAUAUAUAAAGCACCUCAAGAAAUUUAUUGCAGCCAUUGAGAAGUCACCACAUCAAAAAACUGGAUCUGGAUCUGUUCCCCAUUCACUGGACAAGCCCAGGAACAGCACUGACUUUAGAGAGAAGUCCAGACCAAGCAUGGAUGUAAGAGAGAAUUCAAGAAGUAUUGAUUACAAAGAAAAGCCUAGUGCAACCUCAGACCAGAAAGAGAAGUCAAGAGCUAACAUAGACAAGAAAGAUAAAUCGAGAAAGAGUUUAGAUCGCCCUGAGAAGGCAUAUAAUGGAUCAGAUAUGCCUGAAAAAGCUAGAAAUAGCAUUGACCGUUUUGGGGAGAUGGUGAGAUCGGUUGGAUUAUGCAAUAUUGAUUGUUUCAGGCCCACAGCGACCCAUGCAUAAAAAAGUCAGCCGAGAUUAGACAGAGAUUGUAUUUUUCUCAUUAGUUAUUUGAUUGGUUGCCAUUGAUGAGGCCUGUACCUUGCUCUGGCCUUUGAAUGAGGUAGCCUACCCUCCCUUUGUCUUUUUCUUUUUUCUUUUAUAACCCAAAAGUAUGUAUAUUUGAUUGGUUAAUUGGUUUUGGGGGGGGUUAAAUGUUUCAUUGUGCCUGAUUUAUUUUCUAUAGAAAUAGAUAUGAAAGUAAUUUAACCAGGUAGAUCAUGUACCAAUGAAUUUACCUUCAAGUUAAUAAUCUAAGCUUUUUUGCUUUGAACAUGCUAACAA